ACGUAGGCUGUUUGAAUGUCACACAAACUGAUGGGAUAGAAGCAUACUUCGAGGAUUCCUUAAAAUGUCGACCUAAAUCACCAACAAACUGUGCUAUUCCUGGUUGGGAUUUAAGUGAAGUAUACUGGGCUUCUUCACUAUCUGAGCAGCAAAUCCCUCCCAGUGAACAAGAGUCAAAAAGUUCUUCAGGUCACACCAGAUGGAACAGCUGCAGAGCCAGCCCUGAGCAGGAGGCUGAGGAGGAAAUGGAGGACAACUAUGAGGAUGAACCUGUAUCUAAAUUUUCUGGCAGUCUGUUUGACACAGAAGAAGGUUUUCAUCGGAACCGGCACGUGAGAGCUUUUCUACGUGAUAAUCAAAGGCAAGCCAAGCCAUCCAAUGUCUUGAGCAGCAGCAAACAACAGAUCUGUAAGUUGGCAAAUGAUGCCGGCGGAGAGAGUAGGUGUCCAGAGCGAAAUGAGGACCAAGCAACACUUUUUAUAUCCACUGGAUUCAAAGGAACCUGGACAAAGCUUAAUAUUACAGUGCGCAGCCAGAUGGGAAGUCUGGGGAUCAGCAUUGCUGGAGGAAAAGGGUCGACUCCAUAUAAAAUCAAUAAUGAAGGAAUCUUCAUUUCAAAAGUAUCGAAGGGGGGUCCUGCUGAUCUUGCUGGCGUACAAGUUGGAGAUAUGGUACUGGAGGUCAACGGAAUAAGUCUACAAAAUGUUACCCAUCAUGAAGCAGUGAAUGCCUUGAAGAAUUCAGGGACUGUAAUUAAGAUACUAAUUUUGAGGGACAGGGCGUUGACAAUUGACGACACAGUUAUCCCCAGUGUGAACAGUGGUGAAGCCGACACCAUUCGACCUCAUCAGACUGAACGGCCCUGCUUUAUAACUGAGGCAGCUGCCAGCUCCGAGCAGCCAGAAUCAGGGAAUAUCUUUCUUGAAGGAAAGCUGGCAACUACAUGCAAUGGAACAAGCACGGAAUCUGUGACAUCGAAGAACCACACCGUUAGCCCUGCAAGUGAAAUGCUGCAAAAAAGUACCUUGUUCCGCAUUGUGCACCAUCCAAUGCCACUUUUCAUCCAUAUUGUGUGGUUUUCGUUUUAACAGUCAGAUUCCCCUCCCACACCCUCACCUUUGUCAGCAUCAAAUUCCUCUGCAGGAUCUAUUAAGAAUAGAGAUGCCAUCAAAACAUUAUUGGUGUACAGCAAACUGGUUUUAAAAGCAAUGCAGCAAUUAUUUGAAGUGGAUUCAAAUUCAAAAUAUCUCUUCAUCUGCCUCCCAUUGCAUAUAAUUAUUUCGGUAUUUUUGAUAUGUGAUUAUUCAUGUUUCUGUGUUAAGUAUGUCAUUUAAAUAUAAUUUCCUUAAUUUUAUUUUUGUCUUGCUUCCUUCUUUUGUGUAUUUAAUUUUUUUCCUUGAUACUUGUACCUGACUUUCUUGCUUCAUCAUUUCCUGUCCUGAUCCUAACUCUUAUCCCCAAGAUGCCACGGAUUAUCCUUACUUGCCCUUCAUCUUCAGAUGAGGAAUUGAAUCAGUUAACAUUAGAGCAGGAUGACUAUUGCCUGGAACAAUUUGAAAACUCAGACAGCAGUGAUUAUUCAGACUAUUUAAAUAGCGCAUUUUAUUCCCUAUAAAAUUAAGCCCCUCACACUAAGAAGAAACAUUUCCCACAAAGAUUCACCAUUUUUCAAGUAGACAAAAUGGCCCGCCUUAUUCUGUAAGAUAUUAGUUUGAAAAGGGACCAUCUGCAGAAGGCAAGUUUAACACCUGUGACAAUAUAACGGCCAGUGCCAUUUUUGCAUUGCAAUGAUGGUUUCCGUUUUCUGCAAAUUCGGUCGUUGCAUUUCAUGUUCAAGCAACAAAAAUGGGGGCUAGCAAGUUUAAGCAUGUGACUGGCUCUGAAACAUGGUGAAGGGCAGUGUGAACAUUUUUGCAUCGGAUGUAUGCCGCUGAAGUGCCCAUUUUCCUUUCAAAAUGGUAACCACUCCGGAUCUAUGGCUGGGAAGGAUCCCUGAUCUGUGCUUGUUUGCAAAUCUCAGCAGUGCCGAAAUGAGUUAGUUGGUCUUACAUAAAUAAAAAAAAACUGCGGAUGCUGGAAAUCUAAAACAAAAACAGAGUUACCUGGAAAAUCUCAGCAGGUCUGGCAGCAUCGGCAGAGAAGAAAAGAGU